UUAGGUUAAAGCCCUAGCUUCUCUCAUCUUUUCAUCUCUCUCGCCUCUCUCUUGUAACUUCUUCUCUAUCAUUUCCCACCGAUUUCCAUGGUCGCUGAGCUAUUCGAGAAGGCUAAGACGGGCGUCUUCUGGGACGUCCAUAUUUGACGCUCUUUCAGUUUCAAAGAAUAUACGAUCGGCUCUUAAGAAUACAAGUUACCAUGGUUUGACGUCCAUAUUUGCGUAUGGAAGUACCGAAGAUAUCAUGGUUGGCUUUGACUCAUCCGCCGGUAAAGUGGUCUAUCGCACAACCGCAGCUUUGGAUUACAAUGGUGCAGGAGAGAUCUAUGAAAAUGAAUUACCCGAAACCGAAACCGCCGAAGAUAUCAUUUCAAGAAGUGAAUGCCCACCUGCAGUUGUGAUGAAUCUCAUAGAGCCAGGAGAUAAACACCAAAGAUAUGGUGCGUUGAUUACUGGCGUUUUCAGCUGGGCACUUAAUAAUCAUCCACCAGCAAAUUUGAUACUAGUUGUCGGAGACGUCGCAGAACAUGAGUACAGAUUCGUUGGUGUUUUCACGCAUCUGAUUUCUUCAGGGUACAAUGUUGCCUUUGUACAGCCUGAAAACCAAGCAUCACAAAUACUAUUUAGGCUUGGAAGAAGAAUUUGGCUGUGGGAAAAGCUAUCACUUGGAGAAGGCCCUAUCCGCAAACAGAAACCUCCAAACUUUCAUUAUGAAGCCAAAAACUCUUCUGUAAACUUCUAUCUUUUUGGCGUUGGAGGCUUGGCUUGUUUACUGAUUGUUACAACCAUUCUGGGUAGAAUGGCCUCAAGCUAAGGAUUUUUAAAUGUGGCGACUCUAAUAAUGCUCGGUAUCUUUGUCAUUUUGGUCCAAUGUCUGUUUAAAUCAAA